UCCCGAUUUUUUUGGGCCUUUCCCCUCAGGCCGGGCUCCAUGGCAGAGCAGGAGAGGCCACGGCGGCUCCUGAGGUUGGUCCAGGAGGGAAACCUGGAUGUGCUACGGGAUGAGCUGAGGCUGGAUGAGAUUCCAGAGGCUCCCAGCUGGCGUUGGGGACGUUUGGGGGACUCCCUGCUGCACCAUGCAGCUCGCUCAGGACACCGGGAUGUGCUGGAAUUCCUGGUCCAGGAGCUGGGGAUGGACAUGGAGGUGGCCAAUGGGGACUACAAGAGGCCCAUCCAUGAGGCUGCUUCCAUGGGACACCAGGGAUGUGUGGCCUUCCUGCUGGAGAGAGGGGCGAGCGUGGACUGCUUGAAAAAGGGUGACUGGACCCCCCUGAUGAUGGCUUGCACCAGAAAAAACUUGGAAGUGAUCAAAACUCUGGUGGAGCACGGAGCCAACCCCUUGCUGAGGAACAAGGAUGGCUGGAAUUGUUUCCACAUUGCCAGCAGGGAGGGACAUCCUGAGGUGCUCCAGUACCUGCUGGAUGUGUCCCCAAACUGCUGGGACACCGAGAGCACCACGGGGAGAACUCCUCUGCACACAGCAGCACUGCACGGCUGUUCCCAGGUUGUGGAGCUGCUCCUGGAACGGUGCCAGUACAAAGCUGACAGCAGAGACAGCUGUGGGGUCACUCCCUUCAUGGAUGCCCUCCAGAAUGGGCACGUUGGCAUUGCCCAGCUCCUCCUGGAGAAACACCAGGCCUGUCCCACAGCUGUGGAUGCCCUGGGUGCUCAGGCCCUGCACAGGGCAGCUGUGACAGCCCAGGAUGGCUCCAUCCAGUUCCUGGUGUCCCAGCUGGGUGUGGAUGUCAACGGGAGAGCAACAUCCCUGCAGCUGCCAGCCCUGCACUAUGCAGCCAAGGAAGGACAUGGUCACACCAUCCACACCCUGCUGGCCCUCGGUGCUGAUCUCCAGGCUAAGGAUGCCAAGGGCCGUUCUGCCCUGCACGUGGCCAGCUCUGGGCAGAGAGUGGAGGCAGCUCAGAUCCUGCUCCAGGCUGGGCUCCAGGACACUCCAGAUGUGACAGGAACGCUGGCACAGCAGCUGGCCAGGAGCCCAGAGCUCAUCCAGAUGUUCCAGAGCUCAUCCAGAUGUUCCAGGGAGCACAGGGCAGCAGGGCUGCAGCUCCCUGAACCAGAACCAUCCAAGGGAAAUUCCACUUUUCCUGGCAAUUCCCAAUGGAGAAGAUUCACCUGGAUUAUUGAUUUUCCAGCUCUUCAUGGACUAAUCCCUUAAUUUUUUUUAAUUUCUGACCUCUUUGGACAGAGACUCUGGAAGCUGCAUCAGCUUUAAAUCCUUUUUGUUGCUGAUCCCAAAACCUGCAGGAAUUUAUAGUGAGGGGUGGUUUAUUUUAUUUAUUCCAUUUUAUUCCAUAUUGGAAUGCUGGGCAUUCCAAUGAUGAACUUUAAAUCCCAAAUAAUCUGCUCUUGGAAACCUGGAAUGUUGGAAUUAUGAAUUCCAAGAAAAAUUAUGUGAGACUGAGAGAAAACAGCAUUUGGGGAAUGUUCCCAAAUAUCCAAAACUCCUUAAAAACAUGGAAACACAAAGUGCAUUAUUCUGAGGGUCAGAAAAAUGAACAUGGAUUGCAAAAUUCA